AUGAAAUGGAUCACAGAUGAGUUCUUGAAUGACAUUGAUGAAUUUGUGCAGAUGGCAUCAAAGUUGCCCAUCUAUCAUUCUGAGGCUUAUGAUUAUUUUUUCUGCAAGACGAGGAGGUCGUCUACUCCUGCCAAUGCUUCCAAUAAUGUUGCACCUCCUCUGGCACCACCUCCCCCACUUGCCAUUGCUACACCUUUUGUAGCACCUCCUCCACCAUCGGCUGUUGCUACACCUUUUGCGGCACCUCCUCUUGCACCUAUUGUUAUCAUCCCGCUUGCGGUAACUGCUCUCACACCCGAUGUUGCCCCGUCUCCUGUGAUGCAUGCUACUUCCACACAUACACCCCCACCUGUUGCUGGCACAACUCUUGAGCUUAGCCCGUCAAAUCCUGCACCACCGU